AUGGAAAUCCCAUCGUCACAGAGCGACUCGGGAGUACAGACUGAUCUGCAGUUGGGAGUUGCAAGCAAGGAUGUGGAGAUUGUCAAGGAUCUCUUGUCCCAAGGGGCAGACCCGAUUAUUGACCCUCAGGAAGGACAACAUCCUCUUAUCAUGGCUUCUGGAAAUGGAAGUUUGGCUAUCGUCCAGGAGUUGAUUCAGGCCGGGGCGCCAGUGAAUGUUCACGGGAAGAAAAGGAGGAGUUAUAUGUACUUUCAAGCUGCGGAUGCGAGUCCGAUGCAUGCAGCCAUUGCAAACGGCUCUUUGGACGUGGUCAAAGUACUCUUGGAAAACGGUGCCGACAUCGAACUCAGUGUUCAUGAAUCAGGCACACCUCUCACUAUCGCAGCUGCUAAAGGUCGGGUCUCGAUCAUGCGUCACUUACUACUGGCUGGUGCAAAUGAUAGCAGCAGCUCGGCUGUCAGGAAAGCUAUUGAAAACAAUCACCUCGACAUUGUGAGAGUACUACUUGGAGAAGGAGCUCAGGCUAUAAACAUGCUCUCCGUGGCAUGCGAGCGUGGUCGGACCAAAAUGAUAGAGCUGCUUAUUGAAAGCAUCCCCGACAAAGGCUCUUUAGAGACAGCCCUUGAUGGGGCAUUCGCCGUGGCAGGUCUCGCAAAAUCUGUCAUACGAGUCCUGCUUUGCUUCGCAGCACCGACAGCACAGCGUUUUCUCAAAGUUUCUGCAGUGGGAUCAGCAUUUUCUGUCAAGUUGAUGCUGGAACAGGGUGAUAUUGACGUCAAUCUACCAACAGAAGAUGACGGCAAUUUGCCGCUGCAAGUCGCAGCACUGAAUUUGAAUUUUGAGGCAGUACAGGUACUGCUUGAAAUUGGAGCCCACACAGAGUGCACCAGUGCCGAACAUGGCACGCCAUUAAUUACUGCCCUGGAAGUAUGCGCUGUUUCGACGCUACGUACUGCGAAAGAUGAGGGACUCCGGAAAAUUGUCAACAGCCUCACCCUCCCAAAUGCGCGAAAGCCAUCACCUACCUGGGCUUUGGGAAGGGGGGAUCACUACACUUCACAGUACAAGUCUAUGCAGCAGUUAUCCAAGUGCUCAGCCAUAGUGCAAUUUCUGAUCGACCACGGGGCAAACGUCGCUGACGUGGGGCGGCCUCUCGGAUCUCCACUGCAUCUAACCUGUCUCCUUGGAAGUAGCGCUAUGGUUGAGAAGCUCAUACAACGUGGCGCCGAUCUUGACGCUACGGCCGGAUACUUCGAGAAGCCCGUUUUCGCUGCAAUCCAUGGCAAAAACGCAGACAUUGUCUCGUUACUUUUGAAGCAUACGCCAACCCCAAGCCAUGUUCAUACUGAAUAUUCCACCCCCUUACAUUACGCAUGUGCAGUGGAUGAUGCUGCAUCUGUCCGCAAGCUACUGGAAUGCGGUGCAGAUGCUGCUAUUGCCAACCGGCUUGGCGAAACACCGCUUACGAUUGCGCUGCGCAACUUUUGUUCUGAAUAUUGGCCAGGACGCGAUCGAAAAGAAACCUUUGUGGAUGUGAUCAUCUCCAUGGCAGAGUCACUUCGUGUCUCUGACCACGAUAUUGUCGCUGCAUCUCAGCUCGGAACACUGGAUUCAGAGAAAACUAUUCGUCAACUAUUGGAUCUUGACAAGAGCGCGGCGUCUCAUGAAGAUACCAUGUGCCACAUCCUCACUUCCCGGUCGUAUGCUGUUGCGGAUACAAUCAAGCUUCUCAUGCCCCGCAUGGGUGGGAUCGGGGUGACUGACCGAAUGCUCAAAUGCGGCCCGAGCGAACAGGCCCUUAAAGCACUGCUCGAUUGCACCCCUAUGAGCAAGGUACCAAAAGACGUGCUUCUGGCGCAGGAGAACGUCGCAUGCAUGGAGCUCUUACUCAAGUUCGACAGCGCAGCUCCAGCUACCCAAGAGAUCCUGCUGCGAGCCUUGGAACUGAAAGACUAUGGAGGCGAGACCAAAAAAGGUGUCUUGGCAGAGUUAUUCAAGCGAAAUCCAGCCCUGUGCGUCACCCAAGACAUGCUGCAAGCAGUAGACUCUGCAGCCAUCUUGGAAAUAUUUCUCAGCCACUUCAGACCUGUGACCGGAAUCUCCGAGGACACUCUGGGCAAAAUAUUCACCUCAGUACAGUGGCAGGUGCAAGAAACACUUCGUAUUCUCCACCAGCACAACCCCAGCAUUCAAUUUAGCGACAAGAUCGUUUUGCAGUCUCUGGAGCAGUCUUCUCGCCGGUUGACGCCCUUGAACUCCUUCUGGACCAUCAGCCAUCAAUGGUUGUAA